CUAGACAUACAAUCUUUAUAAUGUUAAUGUAUCAAAUAAAUAGACUGUUCAUGCCGAUAAUUCAGUAUUGCAUCAUAAUACUAAUUCUAUCAAACAUAUGAAAGUUGAAUAUUCUACGCCUACAAUAAAUUUCAUACUUGAAUUAUUGUAUCAUAAAUUUUCCUGUUUUUCUUCUUAAAAAACGUUACAAUAAUAUUUCUUCACCUUAUCGAAUUUUGAUAUCAUUUUUUUCAAAUACCUGAGAAGAAAUUUAGCAGGUAAAAAUGUCUUGCAUCACCUAUUCUGCAAAUCGCUUAAGAUCGUUGGCUACAAGUAUAGUAAGAAUAUAUGAGCAAGGAAAACGCUCACUUAGAAAUUGUACAUAUAGCCGGUUAUUAUGCGGCUGAUAUGACUCCAAGGCAAUUAAUGCUAUUGUUAUGAUUUCCUCUGGGUAGGGAGUACAGUGUGUUACUUUUUAUGCUGCCCACAUGACAGUAAGCAUUGAGAGUGAGUGCGGAGACUCAAAAUUCAGUUACCGGUCAACAUUCUGCAGUACUGCUAUCGUUAUCUUUAAAUAGACAGCAUUGCUUAAGUGUCACAAUGAAUUGUUUGUCUUAUUGUGAUAAGUGGCUGUAUUUUAUAAAUUUAAUAGCCCAGAUUUUAAUAAGUGAUUACAAAUUUAUGUGCAAAUGAAUUAUUUUAUUUAAUAGAGCGAAUGUGAUUUGAAAUCUUAUCUCACAGAGAUUUAUAAAACAGUCGAUCUUGUUAUCUAUCAUAUCAAAUACUUUAAAAAUAUAACAGAAGGAUUUAUGUUUAAAAAAAGAGAAAAAAAAUAAUUAUCAAUUAAAGUUAACAAGGUUUACGAUUAUACGAUGAGAUAUUAACAAUACAUAAAAUAAUAAUUACAAUGUCGAGUGACCAUUCGAGUAAUUACUUAAGUAAUAAAGAUCUAACGAGUACCGUUGAGAUGAGUCCGAAUAAUUCCGAGACUGGAAUAGUAAUAAGUAGUAGUGAUAAACGAGGACGUAUUAAUGAAGAAACAGUCAGUGGUAAAUGCAGUAAGUCAACACAAAUCGAUUUUUGGCAGAUGAAUUGGAGACAAACGCCAAGUUAUAAUCAAGUGUCGAGAAAUAGGCCACUUUCAGCUGGAUUUUUAUCUAAAUCACACUUAUACAGCAAUUCUAAUUGCUCUAUUGGCAAUAGUUCCAAAAGUUUAUUGUAUUCUUCCCAAAGUGAAGUUACUUUGUCGCCAUUAAAGUCUCCGAAAGUUGGUAAUAAUAAUAAUUCCGGUAAAUUUGUUGCAAUAGAUAUUGCUAAAAUAUCUAAUUCACCUUUCACUACUACUUCGUCAUACUCAACCAAUAAUUUGUCUGCUAAUCAUUCUUAUUGUGCUAAUUGCUGUAAUUGUAAUUAUAAUAAUGGAAUGUCUAGUCAUUCACCGAACUUACAACAAAAUGAAUCAGAAGGUCCUCAAGGGUUGUCGUGGCGAAGACUUCAUAUGAGUCGAGCUAAACUAAAAGCAACUGCUACUACUUCAGAAUUACUCAGUGGAUUUGCUAUGGUAGCAAUGGUUGAACUUCAAAUAAACGAACCAACAGAAGUACCUGAAUGGCUUUUUGUAAUGUUCGCUGUCUGCACAACAGUAUUAGUAUCCGUACAUAUUUUUGCAUUAAUGAUAAGCACUUAUUUAUUACCAAAUAUUGAAGCUAUUAGUAAACUUCAAAUAUCACGUUUAAUAACCGAGUCACCUCAUGAACGAAUGAGAGGUUUUAUUGAAUUAGCCUGGGCAUUUUCAACGGUCCUUGGACUAUUUCUAUUUCUCGUUGAAAUUGCAAUAUUGUGCUGGGUUAAAUUUUGGGAUUAUUCAUUUAUGGCCGCGAUGGCUAGCACCAUUAUUGUAAUUCCUGUAUUAAUUGUAUUUGUUGCGUUUGCCGUACAUUUUUAUCACUCAUUAGUUGUUUUCAAGUGCGAAGCGUCUGUGACUGAUAUGGAAGAACUAGAGAGUAUUAAAAAACAUUUAGAUAAUGUUGCUGUUAAUCAAAGUUCUGUUUGAUUAAUUUAAUAAGUAUAAUUAAAGAUUUACAGAAGAUAAAAAACAAUUUCAAACAAAUAAGUAUAUUGAGUCACUUUAAAUUGUUUAUAAUUCCAAACAAAACUUUGAAAAACUCGGUUCGACCUUCAUUUAAUAAUGUAAAUUAAUUAAAUAAUUCAUAAAAAAUCAUAUUGUUUGAAAGUGCGCUUUUCUCCUCAAUUUCUUAAACAAUUAAUUAUUAUAGCUUAAUUUGUUUCAUAUUAAUUUAAUUAUGACUAAUUUGAUAAUUAAUAUAAUUAUGACAGUAAGAAAAUAUAAGACAAGGAUAUUAGAUGUUAACAAUACAUGAUUCGCGUUGAAACGUGAACGUGAUUUAUUUGUUCUUUUUUUUAUAUAUAAAAAAAAUGUACAUGGCUGUAAACAUGCAAUUUUUGAGUUGCAACAGCACAAGCAAGUGCCCUUACAGUAGUUAUUAAUUAAUAAUUAUAAUUUAAUAAUAAUUAAUUAUAUUAUUGUUAACGAUGUAUUCGUUCAAUGGUUUUUAUUAUUUUUUUUUUUUUCUAUUUUGUCUUUGUUCAUAACUCUUUAAUUUUUACUCGGUUUACGAUUUAAUAUAAAGCAAUAAAAUCAAACUUUUAUAUUUUUUAAUUAGUUUAAUAAUUUUUAUAUAUUAUAAGUAGUGGAUAUUUUAAAUAUACCCAAAUUAUAAUAGAUUUUUAUUUUAUACUGAUCUUAUUCAAUAUAAUACUAUUACAGUGUUUAUGAGAUUGUUAAAUGGUAAAUUUUGUGGUAAACCGAGAAAAUUUAUAGAUCCUAAAGUAAUCAAUACUGUGUACAAAGAAUAAUUAUUACAUAGUUUUAGUUGUAUAAAAAUGAUAUUCUGUGGCAACGAAAUUUUUUUAAUUACAAAAAUUUAUUUUUAACGAUGUAAUUUAGUGAUUCACGUACAACAAAUUUUAUUUAAUGAUAAAUA